AUGGAGAAUGAAAGCUUUGACCGACCAGUCCGAUUCUUUGUAACUGGAAAAUAUCUUGCUAUUCGUUAUCAAAACAAUGCAUUCGAACUGUACGAGGAUUACCAUGCCCGCGGCUCGCUGUUUUAUAUAUCCGACGACAAUGAGAAGAUAAUUUACAACCGUGAAUACGUCGCCACCCUCACCAGCCAUCUUUCAUACAAUGGAGACGUAUUUUUCAUUCACAAUGGAUCAGGAUAUCUCGGUCUGGACGGCACAUGGAAGAAAAGCGUUGUCGAGGCUGUCAACAUUCAAAUCGAUCCCUACGGAAGUAUUGAUGAAGAUACCGAGCCCUUUGUUCCUCUGUCAAUCCCGAACCCAAUCAUCGAUGCCAGCCAUCCGAUCUCCGCCGAUGGUAUCGACCUCUACCAUCCGGAUAAAUGGUUUUGUCUAUAUCCAAUCACUGGUGAUUGUCUCUGGCUGGGUGAUGCGGCUGAGUUUGAGGGGAAAUUGAUUUUCGGGGGCGAGCCGUACAGUCUUGGGAUAGGGAUGCGACUCUCCGAACUUAAAGGGAAAAUUUGCAUACGCACAAAUACUGGCAAAUUUCUCUCUGUCAUCAUGGAAGACAGUCUCACCGAGUAUCUGGAUGGAGGAUGCAAGCAGCACACUAGGUCCAGUCGGUGCCCCCGCUGUAUGAAGUGGUAUACAGUUGGAUACAGCUCCGAGCCGGAUGGAAGUCUUUCUUUGAUACCCCAUGGUCUUCCUUCAAUGUUCGUUCUGUAUGAUGGGGUUUGCUAUUAUCGCGUUGAUGUCAUCAAAGCAAGCUAUGCGGAUGUGAAUCGUGUCGAAAGUAUUGAGGAGGCUACGCUUUUUCAAUUUGUCGCUUGA